GUAUGUAUCAUCAAGCUUCAUUACGGGUUCCUUCUGAAAACAACUACAGCUCAAGGAUUUAAAAGUUCAAGCUGCAGACGGGCCGGCCAGUUUGCCGCUGAAGGUCACGGUGAACAUUACGUGUAAAACUGUCAAUGCGGUGGUGUAGAGGUUGGGUGAGAAAGACCCAUCCCCAGCAACGCCAACCUAAAGAAGGACAGGCCAGUUUGCAUUUCCUUCAUGUUCGAAGGUCACGGAGAUCAUUACGUAAAACGUAUCAUGCGACGGCGGAGAGGUUGGGUGAUAAAGGUACGUGUUUCAUCAUUAACAGGUACAAUAUCCGCAAGGCUUAAGAGGUGAGGGUGAUAAAAAAAUCGUAUAUAAAGGAGAGAGAAAAGGCCAGAGACAUCAGUCCAGUGAGGAUCUCCGACACGGUAACAACUGCAGCGCAAUAUCUGUCACCAUCUGCCUUCUUCACCGUAUUGCCAGUUCGCAUCCAUGGUUAAUGGGUGUUGUAUCGUUGUUUGAUGGGUCGACCACUGGUGUACCGAUGUCUUCUUGGUAUGGCGGAUACCAAAUCGCAACGCCACCACCUUCCAAAAAGCAACUUACGCAUCGACCAGUUGCUGCACAGAGGUCUACAAGUACUACACCACUAAAGCACCGGAGUUUUUUACCACAACUUACGCUGCCCCGAGCCACUACACUGACGUCCUGAAGAAUUACUCUGCCCCGAGUUACUACACGACCAAGGCGACGGAGUAUGACUAUGCAUGCUGCCCCAUCCUACUACAUCGAGGCUCCCAACUUCUACACCGAGGCUCCCGCUGAUUACUCCACCGAGUCUUCCGCUGAUUACUCCACCGAGUCUUCCGCUGAUUACUCCACCGAGGCUCCCGCUGAUUACUCCACCGAAGCGUCAAAGUACUACUCUGCCCCGACGUACUACACAGAAACUGCUCUUUCGUGCUACGUUGAACAGAAAUACUACACUGAUGCUCCAGUUCACUACACCACGACCUACGCUAAACCGCAGCCCCCAGGUACUACACCGAAGAAACCGCCUAUUACACAACAACGUAUGCUGCCCCUGCCUACUACACCGAGGCCCCGCAUUAUUACAACACUGAAUUGCUCAAUUACUACACUGCAACCUACGCUGCCCCGAGCUACUACACCUACGUCCCGAAGUAUUACUGUGCGUAAAAAGAGUCGUCUAAAAAAAAAGAAGUCGUGCCCGAACUGCAGUGCCCUAUCCGUCAUCAACUGCAUUCCUCAUCGUGUAACCGAUUCGCAAUUCUGGUCAACUAUGGCGUCGUGCUCCUGUUGGGUGUUGUAUCGGUGAUGGCUUGAUCGACGCUGGUGUAGCGAUAUCUUCUUGAUAUGGCGGAUAUCAAACCGCAACGCCGCCGCCUUCCUACACAACUUACGCAACGACCAGUUCCUGCACCGAGGUCUUCAAGUACUACACCACUAAAGCACCGGAGU